UACGUCAGUUUAAAUGGCCCGGGCUCUGCUGUUUUAAGCGCUCGAAGCCCCCUUCCCCCUUGUUGCUGGCACAUACAACCAUGGGUAGCAUUUUCAGCAAAAAGGCAGGUAGUGCCUCUCACGUCACCCAACAUAGAGAUGUCCGCUAACGAUUGGAGUAGACUGCGGAUCAACCUGGAUAUGAGAUGACGGAUAUUGAUGUAUGCUGUCUCUCCCCGAUAUUCGUGCUUUUAUCCUCAUUCCUUUGGCCUUCUGUAAUUUGGACUUCGAAGCUUUAUGUUCCAGGUGGCGGUGGUGGUGGUGGUGGGGCCUGGGGCAGGGACCGUCGCGACCGCCGACAAGGGGAUCUACGCCAAGGACAACGGUUACACACUAUGUCGCGGCCAUAUUACGUAGCCGGGGCGGAGGUGCAGAUAUAGUGCAUACAUAUGGUCUGGACUCCGGAUCCUUGUUCAUUUACUUUGUAAGUCCUUCACGAAACAAACUUGGAUGUUAUUUACCAAUCGACAGAGUGACAUCAUCUAAUCACUCGCGCCCUCUAUUUUCUGGCAGGCCAAGAUGUCAAUUGCACAGUAGUGAUGCAGUCUUUGCAUAUUUAUCAAGUUAUCUGAACCAUUUUGGCCUAUCCUGAUAGUUGCCUGUUGUAGUAUGCGGUAGGGUUUGCAUCCUAAUGGAAGCCGAUCUAAAAUUUAAUGUAUUUUGUGGAGCAUGCUUCUACGUGCAUUUCUAAUCAGAUUCACCAAAGUGACGUACA